GGUAUAAAGGGUGUUUUGAGCUUAUUUGAAGUCAGUCUCGUGACUUUUGCCGUCAUAAAAAGAAUAACUCUGCCGAAAACCAGUUUGCAGAACUAAAUAUCAUGGAGGAGAAUUCAUCCACGUCAGAUUCAUAUUUGUCUACAACUUUUCAAAGUGCCUUUUCAUAUUUCUUGCCCAAAGAGACUGCUACACUUAGUGAUCAAAAGAUUUUCGAUGACCAAGCACCCACCUUAUCAGAUGAAUCAGCAGAGCCCGAAAAAUCGAGUGUCUCUGAUAGUACCUGCAUUUUCUUCGAAAAGGGCUCGUGCACCCGAGGCCUAAAAUGUAAAUUUUUUCAUAUCCAAGGAUCGUCUUCCGAUCCCUUGGUGACCCGAGAGACUCGCAAAAAGAAAGCCUCCAAGAACACCCUGGCUUCAGAUGGAUCAAAUGGAAAGAAGUCAAUGAAGACGGCAAUUGAAGUGAUCCGUCGAAUCCAAUGGGAUGCCAUGAUGCCCGGUGAGCAUUUCACCAUCGGUUAUCUCGACCGUUUCGUGGGCAUCGUGGAGGAGCCAUUCUCAAGAUUCUCAAAUUGGUGCGACUUGCCCAACGCCGAACAAGAUGCUUUGGCCAUUCCUCAACAUCGGAUUCAGUACUUCAAAUACCGGGAUACCAAAGUAUGGGAUCGCAAGUCCCGCGUGGACCACGUCUUUGGCUCCACCGGCAAUACAAUGGGUAUCAUGGAGUUCAUGGAUCAGAUUGAUGACGAUCAUCAGGAAAAGAUGCGACGAAAGUACGAGGAGACGAGUAAGAAAGUCGUGGCUGAGAAUGCGGCGAAGGAGUCUGACAAUGGAGGUGACAGUAAUAGCGAUAGUGAUAGCGAGGAUUCCGAGGACUUCAAUGUAACCGUGAACGUAGGAAAUUCCUUUUCCACUACGGUUGUGAAUACUUUCCCGAUGGAGAAUCGAUCAACCCAUUUCCUGUCCAUUCGCAUCACAGAAAAUAAUAUAGUUCAUCAAGCCAAAAUGUUGCAAGAUCACAUCGUGGGCUAUGAAAUGGCAUUGUCAGAAUGUUGCAUGAAGUCCGGAUUAUUCCACAUGACCAUUGGUAUGCUUAAGCUAUCAUCUGAUGCAGGGAUUCAAGAAGCCAUUACUCUUGUGGAGGAAAUGACUCCUAUCCUCGAGGAUUUCAAAAAGCAAGAUCUCAAGUUGCGAAUUUCGGGUUUGGAUACCUUCGGCCAACGGGUUUUAUUCGGAAAAGUUCAUCCUGAACCAGAGGACGCGUUUUGGGAGCUGAUCAGCAUCAUCCAGAACAAAAUCUCCGAGACCUCGCCGAAUGUGGAGGUGACGAACAAAUUCGAAUUUACGCCUCAUUUGACCGUCAUGAAAGUAAACCGGGCCAUCACCCGGGUUCGGAACUCCAAAUACUUACCUUCUUACCUCUAUGAAGCCCAUAUGAACAUGGAUUUUGGGGUUCAACCCGUGAAUAACUUGCAACUUUGUAUAUUGGAAUCCACCACUAGACAUGACGGAUUUUACAGUACGCUCAAGGAAAUAGAGGUCUAAUCUAUGAA